UGUUUAGGAAUUUGUAGGAUUUUCUUUAGGGUUUACGCUCUCUUUCCUGUGUUCCCUCCACCACCACGUCGUUCUUGACUCGACCAUGGACGUCGUUAAGAAGCGAAAGAUGGACGAAAACGGCGUCCCUCUUACCGACUCCGACGAUUCGUCUUUAAAACUUUCACCGGAAGAUGCUCGCAAGAUCAUCGAACGGUUCACUCCGGAUCAACUCAUCGACAUUCUUCAAGACGCGGUUUCCUGUCAUUCGGAUGUGCUUGACGCAGUACGUUCUGUUGCUGAUCAAGAUGUUGCUCAGCGUAAGCUCUUUAUUCGUGGGCUUGGUUGGGACACUACGACCGAUGGUCUCCGGAAGCUUUUUUCUAUAUAUGGCGAAUUGGAAGAGGCCGUCGUUAUUUUAGAUAAGGCCACGGGGAAGUCGAAAGGGUAUGGGUUUGUUACGUUUAAGCAUGUUGAUGGUGCUCUACUGGCUUUGAAAGAACCGAGUAAAACGAUUGAUGGGCGUGUCACUGUGACUCAAUUGGCAGCUGCAGGAAAUACUGGGUCUAACUCCAACGCCCCCGAUGUGUCGAUGAGGAAAAUUUACGUGGCUAAUGUGCCGAUUGACAUGGCUGCUGAUAAAUUGCUUGCGCAUUUUGUUCUGUACGGGGAGAUUGAGGAAGGGCCUUUGGGAUUCGAUAAGCAGACGGGGAAGUGUAGGGGUUAUGCAUUGUUUGUCUACAAGAAGGCGGAGGGUGCACAAGCGGCGUUGGUGGAUCCGAUUAAGACUAUUGAAGGGCGACAAGUAAGCUGUAAAUAUGCCAAUGAUGGAAAGAAGGGAAAGCCUGGAGGUUCUGGGCCUGAUGGCGUUCAGGGCUCUGUUGGUAAUCAAGGUAAUGUUCAUGGAGAUGGGAUGGGUAUGCCUUCGCAGGCUCCGAUGCCUGGUUCAAUGGGUGGACAGUAUGGGGGACCUGGCGGCCUUGGAUCAUACGGUGGGUUUUCAGGAGGUCUCCAUGGUCCACCACAGCUUGGGCAUAAUACGCUGAACUCGUCGUUGGGACCAGGCUUGUCUUCUAUGGGUAGUCAAACACAAAAUUCUCUGAAUGGUACUGGUGGGUAUGGUGGUGGGCUUGGCGGCGGCCCUUACGGUGGUCCUGGGUCAACUGGCUUUUCUGGUCUGAGUGCUGGUCCAGCCGGCGGCCAGGGAAGUUCUGGUGCUGGAACGGGAUCUGUUUUGUACAGGUUGCCCCCGAAUUCUGGGGGAGUUCCUUCUAAUGGUUAUCCAGAUAGUUUGCCAUAUAGUUUGUCGUCUUCGUCUGGUUAUCUAAAUCCGCACCCACACACCACGGGUACAUCACCGGCGCCCCGAGUGACGCCUGGGGGCAUGUACCCUAAUGUACCGCCAUUUUAUUGAGAUUAGAAUUCCCUUUGCAUUAUGAGGUGGGAUGAUGAAGCAAGUUCAACCUGGGUAUUUGAUUCAGUUUAUCUUGUUGGAUGCAGAUGCUUAUGUGCUUCACCUGAUUGCGUAGAAUGCCGACUAUCGAUCUGAUUUGGUGAAUGUAUUGGCUUUGCUUUUGUGACCUCUUUUCUAGAUGUUUUUGAGUGCUUGUAGAAAGAAAUCAUUCCAUGGUGUUUUUGUACUUGUCUACAAUUAAUAUGCUUUUGGUUUCAUCCCUUCCAAAAUAGUCUAACAAGUGAUCGCUUAUUUCUGUGCCCCCCCUCUCUUUGCUGGGCUAAAGCCCUCUCUACAAUUUUAAGCAUUGGGAAGUGGUUAAUGCUCUUAUGGUUUGGUAUGUCUGCUACCUGUUGAAGAGAGGCUUGCCUUUUGCACGUGUAACGAUUUUAGUAUUCCAGCUCUCUUUGUAAUUGUACUCGUGAUUAGAAGGAUACUGUGGCAGGGUCCGUUCUUGCAGUUCCUUUGUUGGUUGUUUUUUUUUUUUUUUUUUCGUUGGUGUUAGGACUGUGUUUCUGUGCUGCAUGCAACUCAUUUGGUCUUGGAUGGAUGCACCUAUUGAUGAUUUAAUACUUUUGAACCAAACAUUAGAUUUUGUAUUUGUGGUUCAGUGAAUUAAAUUAUAUAUGCAUUUGGGCAAUUUGAUGAGA